AUGAUUCACUGCUUGCAAAUCAACCUCCACACCGACUGGGCUGCCCAACAGCUACUUUCCCGAACCGUGCUGAACAUGGACAUUGGCCUCCUCAUCCUCAGUGAGCACAACAGAUCCCCAUGUAACCACUCCAGCUGGGCAUCUAGUUCUGACGGGAGAUGCUCAAUAACACUGACCACCAUUGCGGGCAUUGUGGCGGAGGAGACUGGUUCUGGCCCGGGCUUUGCAUGGCUCCGAUUUGGGAAUGUUAGAGCAUUCAGCUGCUACUGGACCCCCAACGACGACUCUGCUGAGGACCGCCUGAAUGCCUUUAAGAGAUUCCUGGAUGGUCUUGACCAAGCUAUACGACAGGGGGAAAGAGAGAAUGAAACUCUCCUGGUUGCUGGUGACUUUAAUGCUAAGUCCACGUACUGGGGCUCUAGUGUAGAUGAUAGUAAAGGAGAAGCUCUUGAAUCCUUUGCCGCAAGUCUUGGACUCUGGACCAACAACGUCGGAAGCCACCCUACCUUCCAGAGAGGGGCGUCUUCUUCGGUCAUUGAUGUAACCUUCUCGGGCCCGGGCCCCUACGAGGUAGUGGACUGGGAGGUCCUCGAUGACUAUUCCGGUAGCGACCACAACUACAUCACAUUCAACCUCAUUCCCUACUCGCGAACACUUAACGAUAACGUACCCAUGGGACGGGGUGUACAUCUAGGAUGGGCCACACGUAAGCUCGAUCAUGCUGCGCUCUCUCAAAAGUUGGAUGAGGGACCACCGGUUUUGGAGGAGCCUGCCUCGGUGGAUAACGCAGCAGAGGUUCUCAACAACUAUCUGGUUAAUGCCUGCGAUUCUUGUAUGCCCAGAAGAGUCUACGGAGCCCACAAACGGAAAGCAGUUCAUUGGUGGAACCAUGAGAUUGCCGAUCUUAGAGCCAAAUGCAUAAGGAAUAGGCGCAUAUAUCUCAGAGUGGUUAAGAGACAAGGCCCUGAUGGCAGUACAGCGGAAAAAAUUGCCUUCAAAGAGGCACGCAAGGCUUUACGCGUUUCCAUACGUAAGUCACAGAAGCUUAGCUGGGCUGCUCUUUGCGCAUCGGUAGAUAACGAUCCCUGGGGUGUGCCAUACAGAAUUGUUUCGGGGCGGCUGGGCAGACAGCCACCAGGUUUAGCUGCAAUAGGACGCGAAAAAGAGAUUGCUGAUCACCUAUUUCCCACUAUGCCAAUUAUCAAUUGGCGACGUGUGCCGAUGGAUAGCCAAAGGAGUCCAGGCUAA